GCGCAUCGACCUCAGGCAGCUCGGUUGGAGCAUGGCGUGCCCCAUCAACUGCCACUGCGACUACGGUAUGUCCGGCAUCCUGGUGGGCAUCUUCGUCAUCCUCGCGGCCGGAGUGUUCACCUUCUUCCCCGUCUUCCUGAACUGGUUCGCCUGGGAGUGGUACUUCGACCUGUGCUGGCUCUGGUUCUUCCUGGGGCUCGUCAUCCUGACGUUCGGCUGCGUGUACGAGUGUCUCAUCGGCUCCCCGGUGGUCAAGGCGCGCGAGGGUGAGGACGAGGAGGACGGCACCGUUGCAGCCCCCAUUCCGUACAUCAUGAUCAACGAGUGA